ACCGCUUAUAUUCGACGUGAUACCGGAAAAGCCGGUUUUGACGCGCAGCAAAGCGGCUCGGUAUUUGUAGUUUUGAUUAGCUCCCAGAUUGCGGGCUUCUUGUUCUGACUGCUGCAGCUUCCGUCACUCAUGUAGCCGAACAUGGCCCCUGCCAGCCGGGCUGUUGCUGUGGUAGCGCUCUCGCUGCUGUACCUGUGCGGGGGGAUCAUCUCCAGCGAGUUUUUCUCCACUCUCACGCUGUUCAACAACGAGCUCCACAAGCAGGACUGCAGCUCGCUGUCCGAGUGGGAGGACUACGCUGCGGACUGCGAGUCUUCAGUUUUACAGUUCGAGGAUCCAGACUGCAUGGAGGGAAGCAACCCGCCCUGCGAGUCUGUCUUCUCGCUUAAUGCUGAAAAGAUCCUGAACCAAGCCAAGUUGUUUAUAGAGCAAAAAAAAAUCCCCUUCCCCGUAGACAACCAGAACACAAACGAGGAACUUGCUAUAUGCUACGUUUUGAUAGGAAAUGGCCUUUAUGAUGAAGCCAUUAAACAUUUCUCACUCCUGCUGCAGAGCGACCCAGAGUUGGUCAGUGCCAUCUAUGGAAGAGGGAUAGCUUAUGGCAAGAAAAGCUUGCAGGACAUAAAGAAUGCUGAUCUGGCGCUGUACGAGCUCAACCGGGUCAUCGCCCUCGAGCCGAACUGGCCAGAAGUCUAUGAGCAGAGAGCUGAGAUUCUGUCCCCUCUGGGUCGGAUCAGCGAGGCUCUGAGUGACCUCACCAAAGCCAUCCAGCUGCAGCCAUCAGCUCGUCUCUACAGGCACAGAGGAACUCUGCUCUUUAUUUCUGAGGAUUAUGUUGCCGCCAUGGAGGACUUUCAGAGAUCCUUAGAGCUGAAGAAGAAUCAGCCCAUUGCCAUGCUUUAUAAGGGUCUCACCUUUUUCCACAGAGGCAUGCUCAAGGAAGCCAUCGAGACAUUCAAAGAGGCUUUGAAGUUGAAGUCUGACUUCAUAGAUGCAUAUAAGAGCCUCGGACAGGCUUACAGAGAACUGGGGGAUUUUGAAUCGGCUAUGGAGAGCUUCCAGAAAGCCCUCAUGCUGAACCAGAACCACAUCCAGUCUCUCCAGCUCCGUGGCAUGAUGCUGUACCACCACGGCUCGUUGCAGGAAGCCAUCGGGAACUUCAAAAGGUGUCUCCAUUUGGAGCCCUACAAUGAGGUGUGUCAGUACAUGAAGGGGUUGAGUCACGUGGCCAUGGGUCAGUUCUAUGAGGGCAUCAAAGCUCAGACUAAAGUCAUGCUGAAUGACCCCCUGCUGGGACAAAAGGCCAGCUCCGAAUACCUCAAAGUGAAAUACCUCCGAGAGUAUUCCCGUUACUUGCACUCCCACCUGGAUAUCACUGUGGCGGAGUACAAUGUGGACCAGGACUUGCCGGGGAAUUUUAAGAACCACUGGGCCAAGAACCUGCCAUUUUUAAUAGAGGACUAUGAGGAACAGCCUGGCCUGCAGCCACAUAUCAAAGACGUGCUGCCACAGAACUUCGACAGCUACAGUACUGAAGUUCAGAAGCUGAUCUGCACGGCGGACCACCUGGGAGCGCUGAUGCAGUACGACACUCCUGGAUUCCUACCAAACAGAAGAAUACACAGAGCCAUGGGUUUAGCAACGCUGGAAGUGAUGCAGGCGAUGCACCGGACGUGGAGCAACUCCAAAGUGCGAGUUAACGGAAAGACCCGGCAAAUGCAGUGGAGAGACAUGUUUGACAUAGCGGUCAAAUGGAGGAGGAUCUCAGAUCCAGACCAGCCAGUUCUCUGGUUAGAUCAGAUGCCAGCCAGGAGCCUCAGCCGAGGCUUCAACAAUCACAUCAAUCUCAUCAGGGGACAGAUUAUUAAUAUCAGAUACCUGGCCUACUUUGACAACAUCCUAGAAUUUAUCAAAGACAGAAUAUUAGUGUACCAUGGAGCAUACAACCCGAGAGGCCUCCUGGAGGUCCGCCAAGCACUUGAAAAUGUGAAUAAAGUAGAAGAUCUGCUGCCAAUAAUGAAACAGUUUAAUAGUAAAACUAGAGAUGGAUUCACCGUUAACUCCAAGGUGCCGAGCAUGAAGGAUCCUGGGAAGGAGUACGACGGCUUUACCAUAACCAUCACUGGAGACAGGGUGGGAAACAUGUUGUUCUCUGUAGAGACCCAGACAACAGAAGAGCGGACACAACAGUACCAAUCAGAGAUCGAGUCCAUCUACAAAGAUCUCACAGUCAAAGGGAAGGCACUGAUGCUGUCUACCGAGCUUGGGGACGCAGAUGCAGUCUGCAAACUGAUCCUUUCUGUGAUUUAUUACUUCUGCAACCUCAUGCCUCUAUCCAGAGGAUCCAGUGUUGUGGCGUACUCUGUGGUUAUGGGGGCACUGAUGGCCAGUGGGAAGGAGGUCAUCGGUAGGAUCCCAAAAGGAAAGCUGGUAGAUUUUGAAGCCAUGACAGCACCAAGUCCAGAAAGCUUCAGUAAAACAGCAAAGAGCUGGAUGAAUCUCAAAAGUUUACCGAGUUGGUACCGGAGUCUUCCAUCUGUAGCAGAGACCUUCCCGUCUAUCAGAACAAUGAUCGAGGUUCUCAACACAGACUCAUCUUCGCAUUGUCCAAAGAAGUCUUAACAUCUUCCAACGCUCAGAGAAAUCUGUCUAAUAAGGUCUUAAAAAUGAAACUUCUGCACAAAACUGUAAAGGGACAGACUUCUACAUCCCAAAUAACACUAGAGUGAUCCUUUUUUAACUUCAUACCAAAAGUGACCCUUGAUCUCAUUUUUGGUAUAAAUUCUGGUUUAUUCUCAGUCCCUCCAUCCAUAAAUAUUCCCUUACCAUUACUUUUAAAUUUGUAUUUAAUACAAGGUAUUUUGCUACAUGCUUUAAACUUAGCACCAACAAUUAGUUUCAGAUACAGUCAGGUGUAAGAUAUAUUUGCUGCUACUUUAAACAUUAAAAAGAAUCAACAAGUGGAUGGUUAAAGUUAUGCUCUGGUUUAAAUAUUUUAGCACAUCAAGCUUUAAACAGAUCUACCAUUUUGUUAGGGACGUAGAACUAAUUCUGUCCUUUGCUCUUUCUCUGCCUUAUAGGCCUCGCGCUGAUGCACCCAAAGCACAAAAUCCAUCCAUCGAACACAUCCUCAUCUGGAUUCCUCUGAACUAAAUCUCAUUUUAAAUUGCCUGGAUCAGUGUUUUUCAACCCUGGAGCUCGAGGCUUACUGCCCUGCAUGUUUUUGAUGUUUCCCUGCUUCAGCACACUUUAUUUCAUUUGAUGGUUGAUUGUGUGUUAAAGCAGGGAAACGUCUAAAACAUACAGGGCAGUCUGCCUCGAGGACCAGGGUUAAAGAACACUGGGCUAGAAUGUAAAAUAGGUUGUUAGAAAUAUUUUACAUUUAGGUCAGCAUCUAAAAAACAGUUUCAUUUGACAGUGCAGAAUGUAAUUGGCACUUUAAAAUCUUUCUUGGACCACCGGUGUGGAAAUAAUCAAUCAAGCUUAUCAGCAGAGAAGAGUUGAGGGAUUAAAAACAUUUGGAACAACUUUCAGGGCUACUGAAUUUUACUUGGGAUACUUGAAGCAGUCUUUUUUUCUGUCAGCACCUUCAGUUACUUCUUUAGCAGCUUUUUUCAUACUUUUGUACAGGAAUACAGAACGGCAUCAGUCAGAGAUGUUGGAGGACUACAAAGAAAUAAUUUGUAACCUUAAACGAAACGAAACACACCAAUAUAUCUGCUGUUAAACCUUAAAUUCAAUCAAAGCUGUUUCCUAAGUUUCUAUGAGGUUAAUUGGAUAAUUGAACACAAUAUGUCAGACUUUGCAGGAAAGACAUUAAUUUCAAAUAAUUUACUCAUAUUCAAUAUCGUAUUCUGAGGGAUAAUUUUCUAUAGAUACAAUAAACUCUAGAUGGAUUAAUCUAUAUUGAGAUGGCUUUAGGUUCACAAAUCAGAUUCAUAAUUUAUCUCCAUUUUGGUCUAUUUGACAAAUUGGUAUUUAUUUAUUUUAAAGGUUAAAAUAUGACCUGUAGAUGUCCUCUAACAUCUCUGGCUGCUUGGUCUUUGACAUCUAAUCUUAACUAGGGAAUGCACACAACAUCUUUAAUUUCCUUUUAAAGUGAUUUUCCAUUCCAAAGGAUAUUUUUAUCAUCCAGUUUUAUUCUUAAUUUAUUGAUGUUAAACAUGUUUUAUUUUUUUUUUGCUGUUGCAAGCAGUAUUUAUGCAGAACAGAGCUCAUUUCCUUCCAGGUGUUUCUUUUCUGAAAGACUUUAUGCUUUUUUAAUGAUUCCUGAAAAAGCCUGACCAGAUUUUAAUUUUGAGUAUUUGAGAAACUCACUGAAAUGAUUUGGAAGUAUUAAAGACAGCACAAAUUUUUAGUUAAAAUCUACCCAAAGAUUUUGGUCGACAACAUCAAGUGUUGAGUUUUAUAUUUUCCAGUAUUUAACAGAAUAUGGAAAACCUUUGGGAUGUUGUUGUAAUUCUAAUUGGCUUCAUACCUGUUUUGUUGUUAAAACAGCCAAGGUGGUGUACGAAUACCACAUAUGUUGGUAAACACGUAUGCCUGUCUUAUUAAAGAUGCUGUUAGAAGUGCUUUGAUAUCAUCUAGUGGUCACAUCGUGAACUACAUCGAGUUCAUGGAAGCGGAAGUGCGCACCUGGAGUUUGGCUGAUAAACUCAGUAAAUGGUGUAAUCUCUGAUGUAGGUUGUGCAAUAAAAAAAUAUAGAACUACUAAAGUCUCCUACAACUGAUAUAUCAGACAACAUGUGAUCAAAAUUCUAACAGUUAUUUCUAAUUUUUGGUUUGAAGCUUCUUAGCGACACUAGGCAAUUAGGAAUAAGUAAUACUAGUAUUAAUUAGUGUUAUGUAUAAUUUGGGUAAAUUGUAGAAAUUGUAAAUUCUGCACAUUUAUUUUUAUUAUGCAACACUGAAUCAAGUUAUUACUUUAUGAAUAAAUAAUGAUGAAUAAAUAAUUAAUUACUUAAGUACGUACCCCAUUACAGUUAGUUUUUUUAUUGUGAAAUGGGCUAUAAACUUCUGGAACCAUACAGUAAAGGGGUUUUUCAGUAUUUAGCUGUAUUUGAAACACUGUGGGAUAAGUAACCAAUGGUUGUUGAAAAACAUAUGGUUAAGGUAAAUUUCUAGCAAUAAUUUCUAAUUAUGAAAAAAGGGCUAGGAGCUCUUGGGAAUGUGCAGCAAAGGAAUGUUGCAGUAUUUAACUGUAUUACUAUUAUUUUUAACACUGUAAUGAUAGAAAACAUUGUUUGUUCAAAAACAUACAUUUUGACUCGUUGGAGCAUUAGCAGCGUCAAAUAAUGAACAUAGUUUGUUUCAUUCCCUAAGUGCCUAGUGGUGCUAAUUAGCAUCGUACCUAAAUUUACACUAUGGUAAGUGCAAUUUAAUAAUCUCUUAAUGAAUUUAACACUUGUGUUUUUGACAAACACAAUAAAACACAAUAAAAAAUGUUUUUGUACAAUUGGAUAUAAAUUCAGGCAUUAGGGGUUGACGAAGAAUAUUGGAAAAGCAAGUAUUUAAUUCUGAGGCUGUAAUGUUGUGUGUACAUCACUAUUUCCUGACUUUGUAUUGACUCAGUGUGGGUAAAGCACAAGGAAGAGGUUCUCUGAAACUUUCCUGUAAUUUUUGAGGCCUUAAAUGCUCAGUUUCUAUAAAUUGAAAGUCAGCAUAAUCCUGCAGUAUUUCACCCUUAUUUUGUCAUUGACCUGCUUUGUUUAAAAUAUCUUACUAUUAAUUUAUUCUUUGCAUUACAUACAGUCAGAAACUUCUCCUUUACCUCCUAUUUCACUGUUUGUGCUGACUGGUUGUAAUCAUCUCCUUUUUGCUGGGACAUCUAGUAAUAACUGCUUCAAUGGUGUUUAGAGUUAGAUGGAAGAAAAUCUUUCAAUAUUACUUCCUAAAACUUGAAGGGAUGAGUUUUUUCUUAAUGAAUGAAUGUUAAACAGUCAAUAAAACUGGGCUGGAAUUUCA